CAAGAUGAGUCAAAGACUCGAAGCUCUGCUUCCUCGGUCCAAGUAUCUACUGAUUCUUCUAUUCCAUCUAGUAAGGAUAACAAUAUAUUAUUAGAGGAAUGGCAUGCUCCUGCAGGUUUUAGCCCAGAUUUUAGUCUAUCUAGUAAGGAUGAUUCAGAGAUGAGUAAGGCACAAAGUGCCAUUUCUCCUGAAAUAAGACUCGAAGCUCAGCUUUCUCAAGACUUUACCUUUUCUCCGAAUCAUGACCUAGGAGAAGGCAAAGCCUCGAAACUCAGUCUCAUCGAAGAUUCGGCACUUUGUGCCAUCAUUGCUUCACAAUCUAAAUCACAAGUUCAAGAUAUUUCUAUAUGGGAGAAAUGUAUAAAUUACUUUUUUCAAGAUAUAUGUGCUUAUGCACCAACUCCAUUGUUAGAAUAUGAUUUACCAUCUUUUUCUUCUAACUGA